GUUACCUAUUCUCUGCUUUGUAAUGCUAAGUAGCUGCAAGGGUAAAAAGGACGCUUGUAGAUGAGAGAACCGCUUCACAAGAGCAGCAGCUUGCCGUCCUAUUCUCAAGUGGAAGGUCGUAGUGCCAUCUCGGACGCUCCACCUUCGUACGAGAGUCUGUUCGGUCGUAUACGACAUAAGAAGGAGACGGCAAGUAGCCCAUUAGACUUCCUUGCGAAGAUGUGCUAUCUGUUGGGAGGGACAAUUGUCUGCACGGUUUUGGUGACUGUGUUUAUGGCGCUGCCCGUCUCAAUGGUUGUUAUGGGUGCUCUGUAUAAGGACGACUGCAAGUACCAAAAGUAUAUCCCAAUCUAUUUAAUUGUCGGCGGAGCCUUUGGAAUAGUGAGAACACUAUGGACAUUGUGUCAAAAGAUGUGCCGAAGUGGUGAGAGAGAGGAAGACGAAGAAAAUAGGAAAAUGAAUCCCAUAGAGAUGAUACUCAACUGUUUCAUGCUUGCCUGGUUCAUCACCGGCAGCGUCUGGAUAUACUCCAUUUAUUCAUCGUACAAUAAUGUUGAGGGCACUGCACACUACUGCAAUAAUACAUUAUAUCUCUAUGCUUUUUGGAUAACAAAUGCGACAUACAUCCUACUGGGAUCGAUUUGCUUUUGCACAUGUUGUCUGUUCAUCUGUGCAAUGAUGGUCGGGUGACACACGGUGUCAUUGACUGGAGUAAUCAGUAGAGUAUAUGAUGUAGAGUGGGUAGUACGUAUAUACUUGUAUUGGAAUUCUAGAAAUUGAUUCUGUACACGGAUGACUUUGGCAAUAGUAGCCGUUCGUGACUGUUACAUAUAACGAAGUUGUAGUGAAAUGCUAAUAUUUAUGGGAUAUGCCUGUUAAGAGUAGGGACAGUCAAGAAUCCAAUGAAUGGCCACUGAAUU